GCUGAAGAUAACCUAACAAAUUGAAAUACCUUUAUACCUUUCUCUUUUGACGAAUUUUUAUUAAAUAUUUUAUAAACAUUUUUGGAUUUUGGAAUCUUAUUGGCUAUUAAUAAAAUCACCAUGUCUGAAAUAGAUCCAAAAUUACUCGAAAAAAGGACUACUGACGCUGAAAAACAAGUAAAAGAAAUAGAAGAAGAAUUAGAUAAAAUAGCUAAAGACGAUCUCGGUUUUAUAGGUGAUCCAAAUCUCGAUAAACUGCUGUCUGAUAAUGAAAAACUUAAACAUCGCUUGGCUAUUCUUCAAAACGCUAUUCAAUCAGAAAGUAAUCCAAAACCUGUGAAAAAAGAACCGAAAAAGCGGCCUAAUUUAAUAACGGAUAUUGAUUCCAUAGAAGGCACUAUUUGUAUUUUGGAUGAGUUAAAAAACGUUUUUGAAAGCGCAAUUAUUUCCGCGUACCCUUCUUUGGAAGAUCCGCCAGUAGUUAUCACUUUAUCUGGCAACAAUCCCAAAUUUGGAGAUUAUCAGUGCAAUUCCGCUAUGCCGAUAUCCCAAAUAUUAAAAUCUAAAAAUAUUAAGAGUAAUCCGCGUGAAGUGGCUAACAAUAUUUUGAAUAAAACUCCAACAUCUCCACUUAUAGAAAAGAUUGAAGUGGCUGGUGCAGGGUUCUUAAAUAUAUAUUUAAAUAAAUCAUUAGCUGCACAUGUUUUAAAUUGUAUUCUGCGCUUUGGAGUUCAACCACCUCCUGUUAAAAGGGAAAGGGUAAUUGUGGACUUUUCAUCCCCGAACAUUGCAAAAGAAAUGCAUGUAGGACACUUAAGGUCAACCAUUAUAGGUGACAGCAUUUGUCGUGUUUUGGAAUUUUUAAACCAUGAUGUCCUCCGUCUUAACCAUCUUGGAGACUGGGGCACACAGUUUGGUAUGCUCAUUGCCCAUUUACAAGACAAGUUUCCCAAUUUUAAGACACAUUCUCCCCCUAUAUCGGAUUUGCAAGCCUUUUACAAAGAAUCAAAGAAACGAUUUGAUGAGGAUGAAGAGUUUAAAAAGAGAGCUUAUUCCUGUGUUGUUCAGCUUCAGUCUGGGCAACCUGAUUACAUAGCUGCUUGGAAGUUAAUAUGUGAAGUGUCACGUCAAGAAUUUCAAAAAAUUUAUGACAGACUGAAUAUUAAAAUAAUUGAUAGAGGUGAAUCCUUCUACCAAAGCAGAAUGGAUAAAGUUGUGCAAGAACUAAAGGACAAAGGCUAUUUAGAGGAAGAUGAUGGAAGGCUAAUCAUGUGGGGUAAUCCAGAAACGCAUGAUGGAAUACCACUCACAGUGGUCAAGUCAGAUGGAGGGUACACAUAUGACACUUCAGACAUAACCGCUAUAAAGCAAAGAGUAGAAGAGGAAAAAGGUGACAGGUUUAUUUAUGUGACUGAUGUGGGACAAUACACACACUUUAUGACAAUAGAUGCUUGUGCUCGGCGAGCUGGUAUUCUUACUGGCAGAAAAAGAAUAGAACAUGUUGGCUUUGGUGUUGUCCUAGGAGAAGAUAAGAAAAAGUUUAAAACUAGGUCUGGUGACACGAUAAAAUUGAUAGAAUUGCUUGAUGAGGGCUUAAAAAGGGCUUUAGAUAAAUUGAUUGAAAAAGGAAGGGAUAAAGUGCUUACACCAGAGGAACUACGACAAGCGCAGGAAGCUGUCGCAUAUGGAUGUAUUAAGUAUGCUGAUCUCUCUCAUAAUAGAAUAAAUGAUUACAUCUUCUCUUUUGAUAAAAUGUUGGACGACAAAGGUAACACAGCUGUUUAUCUGUUGUAUGCAUUAACUCGUAUUAGAUCUAUCGCUCGUACAGCACAAAUAUCCGGUGAAACAUUAUUGGAAGAAUGCCAAAAGACUGGUUUUAAACUAGAUCAUGAAACUGAAUGGAAGUUAGGCAGAGUCCUUCUCAGAUUCCCAGAAGUAAUUCUUAAGGUUUCCAGUGAUUUAUACUUACAUAGUUUGUGUGAAUAUUUAUAUGAAAUAUCUUCUGCUUUUACUGAUUUCUAUGAUAAGUGUUACUGUGUUGAGAAAGAUAAAAGUGGAAAUAUUGUUAAGAUAUUCUAUGAAAGGUUAAUGCUCUGUGAAGUCACAGCCAAAAUUAUGGAGCAAUGCCUGAAUAUAUUAGGUAUUAAAACGGUAUCAAAAAUGUAAAAACUAUUUACAUACAACUUUUAACAUACUUGUAUUAAUAAACAAGUUUUUACUAAAUUAAAAUCCAUUUGAAUGUAAAACUUUUAUUUCAUUC